ACCACUUAUUAAACUUCCGAACUCUGCACCGCGAGCGGUCACACUGCCACAGCGAGCAUUUUGUAUUUUUUAAUAUUAGGUUAAACAGCUUACAAUGCAAGCGAUCUGGCUGGGAAUGCCUGGGUUGGUCCUGCUCCUUUCCAUCGCAGCACUUCUGCUGGGCGUCCAGGAUGCGGAUGCGUACGACAAGGAGAUGACCGUCUAUGUGGACGCCGGCAAAACGGAGUGCCUAUACCACUCGGUACGCCAGGGCGAGAUCAUCGACUUUGAGUACCAGGUAAUCGAUGGCGGGCACGGCGACCUGGACAUCAGCUUCACCCUGCUGGACCCCAUUGGCCUGGUGAUAGUCAGUGACUUCAAGAAACCGGAGAAUGUCCAUCGCCACGAGGUGGCCAAGGAGGGCGACUAUCGGUUCUGUUUCGACAAUAGUUUCAGCAUGUUCAACCGCAAGACAGUGUUCUUCGAGCUGAUUGUGGAGCGCGAGGGCGAGGAGCUGCAGGGUGACUCGCAGUGGAACGAGGUGGACGAGCUAACUGGGCUCUCGCGGGACGAGUAUUACGAUAUGAAGGUGCAGGACAUUAUGGACUUCAUUGGACGCAUUCGUCUGCAGCUGACCAAGGCCCGCCAGUUGCAGGAUGUGCUCCGUUCGCACGAGGCACGCGAUCGCAAUCUGGCCGAGUCCAAUUUCCAGAAGGUCAACCACUGGUCUAUGCUGCAGAUCAGCGCCAUGAUUGGUGUGGGCCUCAUCCAGGUGUUCAUGCUGCGCAGCAUCUUUGCCACCGGCGGACGUAUGCACAAUCUGUGGCGCAAAUUGGGCAUUUGAUGGGUCGGUCCUGUGCGCGGUGACGAGGAGAAGCCUCUACCAAAGAUGUGUGCGCCGGAGCAACGAGGAUGCAUUUGCUCGGCAUCCGGCAGCUGGAUCCUCCCCCACUAGUUAGAAUGUAAUUUAUAAAACAAACCACUUGCCAUCAUCAGUAGUUCGUUAGUAUCUAUGCAUAUACGAUUAUAUAUCAUACAUUAUGUAGUCAGGAGAGAUAUAGUAUUCCGCAUAUUUAUAGAUAUGCGGGUGUGUGCUUGUGAUAUACGGGGUGUGUUGUGUGUGCGCGCAUGUUCGUUGCAUUGUUAAACGAAAGCAAUUGUACGAUUGUAAGCAGAUGAGUUUGAUUUUAAACCCAAAAAUGCAGAAAUUUUGUGAAUAAAAGGAGUUUUACUGCCUA